AUAUAAUCAAAAUGGCUCCAAUUACCACUAAGAAGUCCAAGGCUGCUAAGAAGUUCGUCGUUGACGUUUCCGCUCCAGUUGAAAACGGUGUUUUCGACCAAGAAGGUUACGUUAAGUACUUGAUUGAACACAUCAAGGUCGAAGGUAUUGUCGGUAACUUGGGUGACGAAAUCUCUGUCUCUGCUGAAGGUACCAAGGUCGUUGUUGUUUCCAACACCAAGUUCUCCGGUAAGUACUUGAAGUACUUGACCAAGAGAUACUUGAAGAAGAACCAAAUCAGAGACUGGAUUAGAUUCGUUGCUGUCAAGCAAAACCAAUACACCUUGCAAUUCUACUCUGUCGCUGAAGACGAAGAAGAAGAAGACGAAGAAUAAGCGCAUCACCCAUUUGACUUAUAGACACAGUCUAACUGUGGUUUUCAAAAUUGUUUAUCGUUCACUUUUCCUCUUUUUUGGCAUUCAUUUCAAUCAUAUUUUUGUUUCCUGGGGUUUAUAAUGUUUAAUAGGUUCUUAUCUAUGUAUCUAUCAAAAUAAUAAGUUUUCUUUGAUAAGCAGAAUAAACACAAUUC